CACUCGACUGCAACGGACCACUGCAAGGUUACGAAUGCUCUGGAGUGCUGUGGUUGGUGUGCGGAUGGCAAGCAGGGCGGCGGCGGUUCGCGCGGGUGGUGCGGUGGCGACGCGCAGCGCGUCAAGGGCGACAGCGACGGCCGACGCGGGCACGGUCGCCGUCGCUGGAGGCGUGAGCGCCGUUCGGGCGUUCUCGGCCUCGGCAUUCGCAUGCACUGGGUCGGACCCGGGCUGGAAGGGUGACGGGACGGUGGCCAACGUGGUCUUUGUCACGCCCGAGGGCGAAGAGCUGGCGGUCGAGGGCGAGAAUGGGCAGCAUCUCCUGGCCAUCGCCCACGACAACGGCAUUGAGCUCGAAGGCGCGUGCGAGGCCUCGCUAGCCUGCUCGACAUGUCAUGUCAUUGUCGACGACGACUUUUUCGACAAGCUCCCCGAGCCUGAGGAGGAAGAGGAGGACAUGCUCGAUCUCGCCUUUGGCCUCACCGAGACCUCGCGCCUCGGCUGCCAGAUCGUCAUGAGCCCCGACAUCGACGGCAUUCGCGUCACCCUCCCGGCCGCCACCCGCAACUUUGCCGUCGACGGCUUUGUGCCUCAGCCGCACUGAUAAAUCAUGGUCAUUCCCUG